CCCGCGGCGGCGGCUGCGGCUGCGGGACCUGGCGGAGCGCGUGGCGGGCGCGGCGCAGAACGAGCAGGAGCUGCACCGGCUGCUCAACGAGGCCCUGCUGGAGCGCGAGUCCAUCCAGGCGCUGAAGGGCAAGAGCACCUUCCGGCUGUCGCUGCGCUUCACCGACCCCGAGAUGGAGACGCGCUACUCGGUGGAGAAGGAGAAGCAGAGCGGCGCCGCCUUCAGCUGCUCCUGCGUCGUCCUCCUCUUCACCGCCCUGGUGGAGGCCGCCAUCGACCCCUGGUUGGUGACCAACUACGUGACCUUCGUGGUGGGCGAGGUGCUGCUGCUGGGCCUGACGCUCUGCUCCUUGGCCGCCGUCUUCCCGAGGGCUUUCCCCAAAAAGAUGGUGGCCUUCUCCACCUGGAUCGACCGCACCCGCUGGGCGCGCAACACCUGGGCCAUGGCGGCCAUCGCCAUCGUCACCGCGGCUCCAACCCCCUG